AUAAUUAAUUCUUGAAUAGUAAAUAUCACCAGGAGAAGAUGAACGCAGACGAAACCAGUGUAGAACUUCAGCGAUUAAAUGGAGAGGAUAUAAAUGCAGCCGAAUUAGGAGCAGAUGUCAAUUAUGAUAUCGAAAUGGACAUUUCUGCUAAUGUGAGUGCCAGAUACAAUGGGGACUAUGUUUCCGGUUCUCAUGACUCUAGCUCAACGGGGCCAGUAGUUGUUAGGGAGACGUGGUCAGGGCAGUUUGAGUUUCUCCUCUCUGUGGUGGGUUACACAGUGGGGCUGGGAAACAUUUGGAGGUUCCCGUACUUUGUUAAGCGUAAUGGCGGAGGUGUGGCUCUGAUUCCUUUUCUGCUGUUUUUGGUAUCGUGUGGAGGACCUCUAUACUACAUUGAGGUCUGCCUUGGCCAGUUCUCUGGGAAGUCCCCCGUUAAUGUCUGGGAUAUAUGUCCGUUAUUCAGAGGAAUAGGGUUUGUGAUGGUUGGACUAUCCCUUUUAGUGAACUGGUACUUCGGGGCGUGUUUUGCCUGGAUCAUCUACUACCUCAUUCACUCCUUUCACUCAAGCCUUACUUGGGCCUCUUGUGGUCAGCCUUGGAACACGGAGUUGUGUAUAGAUGCAUCAACAAAUUUGACGGAAAUGAAGUUACAAAUGGCACCAAAUAAAUCUGAUCAAUUGAUUUUUUCUACUUCGGCCACAGAAUUUUGGGUGUGUCGCAGAAACAAUGUUUUGGCCAAGUCACGUGGUAUAGACGACUUGGGAUCUGUACAGAUGCACUUGCUUGGUUGCCUGGCACUCGGAUGGCUUCUGGUGUUCCUCUGCCUCUGGAAAGGUAUCAAGUCACUUGGAAAAGUUGUGUACGUGACGGCGACAUUGCCCUACGUAUUGUUGACUGUGCUCCUGAUUCGCGGCGUCACUCUGGACGGUGCGGUUGACGGAAUCAAGCACUACCUUUAUCCAGACUUUAGCAAACUAUUGAAAGCACAAUUAUGGAUCGAGGCUGCGGUGCAGUGCUUCUAUUCGCUGGGACCGGCAUGGGGAGGUGUCAUCACUAUGGCUAGUUUCAACAAGUUCAGCCAUAACGCAUUAAGGGAUACGGUGAUCGUGUGUUUUGCGGACGGGUUUACUGGCUUUUUUGGUGGACUGGUUGUUUUUUCAGUUCUUGGAUUCCUUGCCAAGGAAACCGGCGUCUCUAUUGACGACCUUCCAUUUUCAGGUGCCUCCCUGGCGUUUAUUGCCUACCCAGAAGCACUGAGCAGACUUCCAUUACCAAACCUCUGGGCUGUGCUGUUCUUCAUCACUCUUAUUUUAGUUGGCGUCGACUCAUUUUUUGUGACGUUUGAAACAGUGAUUAAUGCGAUCGUUGACUAUGAUUUUCGGCGGCUCCACUGAUAUCGCAUCCACAUAACCGCUUUGCUAACCGUUCUGAACAUUGCCGGCAGCAUCCCACUGUGCACAUCAGGAGGAUACUACAUCUUUAUGUUGACCGACUGGUAUAUCGCAAACUUCAACAUCGUGUUCGUUGCCCUGUUGGAGACGAUCAUCAUUUCUUGGAUAUACGGUGCAAACCGUUUCAGCCAAGACAUAGAGAUGAUGACAGGCAACCGCCCGCCUCUGUUAGUCCGAAUCGUCUGGUCCUUAAUCAUACCAUUAUUCAUAUCCACCAUUCUGAUCACCUCUGCGGUCAACUUCGGCGUACCAUCGUUCGGCAAGGGAGGAUACCAGUACCCGGACUAUGCUGUUGUGCUGGGUAACGUGCUCGCAUUCGCUCCGCUUAUCAGCAUAUUUGUUGUGGCAGCUGUUUUGGUAGCUAUUAAAGGCACGGGUACAAUUAUACAGAGAGUCCGCCAGCUAACGCGACCGGCACCAGGAUGGUACCCGAACGACGAGAAAGCUGAGCAUAUAUUCAAAAGCAAGUCCUAUACAUACCGAACAUCACUACAAGAAAGAAUCAUAUACCAUGUGUUAGGGGUGCGAUCUAACUCUAAGCAGCAUACGAUUCCAGUAUAUGAUUAUUAAUGUCCUUUUUAGAAGUUAAAUUUGUGUACAGUUUUGUGUCAUUUGUUAAACGAAACUGGUUGAACAAAGCCAGAAUAUAUUUUCGAACAUUUAAUUUCGUAUAUCAAUACUUUGGUUUAUACAAUUGUAUAUAUAAGGGCUUUGAUUUACUUACCUACAUUUUGAAUUGCAUUAUGUUUCGAAUUUUGUGGUGUUGGUCCAUGUGCUGGUUUGUGAUUGUUAGUUUUUUGUAUUCUAUGUCUUUGGCUUUAACCCUGUGCCAUAAAACGGGGAUUGUGUUUAAACUUUCGACAACUUUGCUUGAUUUUGUAGUUUUUCUCUGAUCUCUAAAAUCACACUAGAACUGGUUCAUAUCCAGGAAAAAUGAAAAGAAAUUAAUACAUAUCAGCUUUCAGCUAUCUUUAAAUCGAGCUAAAACCAAAUAGUAUCAACACAUAUCAAUAUCCAAUAUGGACAAGAUUUAGUUAAGAAUUAAACGCUUAGGUUGAAAAGACAUGACUAUCUAUUUAGAUCGAAGGUGCACGAUUGAGAAAGUGCAGAUGAAAAAUUCCUUGUUAUAUGUUUUGGUGCAAUGAGAAGGUGAAAAAUCUUUACAAAGAGUUCUAUUUCUUGUUGAAUUUUCGUUUGC